AUGACGAUCAUCUUCAAAGAGAUCCAGUCCAAUCCGCUCACGCUGUUCAUUCCCUCGCCGAACGGCCGCAUGAAUUACGGCCGCGAGCGCGAUGUGUUCAUUCCGAACCCCCGCUCGACGACGGCGCUGUGCAUUCAGAUGUACGAGUUCCUGGGCAAGAUGAUCGGCGUGAUGAUUCGCACCAAGAACACGGUGCCGCUGAACCUGGCGGAUCUGUUCUGGAAGCGGUUGGUGGGCAUCGACAUCACCGUCAGCGACAUUCAGAGCAUCGACCAGGAGUUCAUCUCGAUGAUUCAGGGGUACGACACGCCGGACGAGGAGGCGGAAACGAGCUGGAAGGAGCAGCAUGUGACGUACACGGUGAAAGGAAGCGACGACGAGGUGGUGGAGUUGUUCUCGGGCGGGAAGAACAUCAACGUGCCCUGGUCGGAGCGGAAUCAUUACUUGGAAAUGAUCAUCGAUUACCGAUUGAAGGAGUUCGAUACGCAGAUCGAUGCGGUUUAUCGCGGAUUGUCGACGCAGCUUCCGCGCCAUUUCCUCACGCUGUUCACGCCGAAGGAGCUGAAGGUGAUCGUGUCGGGUCGUACCGACAUCAACGUGGAGUUGCUGAAGAAAAACACGGUGUACAAGGGCGGCUACACGGGACAGGAGCCAGUGAUCAACUAUUUCUGGAGGGUGCUGCAGAACUUCACGAACGAGGAGCGCGAGCUCUAUCUGCGGUUCGUGUGGGGACGGUCGCGUCUGCCUCUUGAUUCGGAGUCGUUCCCGAUGAAACACGUGAUUAACAAGUUGGAUGUGUCCAAGCCUGAUAACAACUAUCCAAUGUCGCACACUUGCUUCUUUAUCCUGGAUCUGCCGAGUUAUUCGUCGCCAGAGAAGCUGCAUGAUCGUUUGCUGUAUGCGAUUCACAACUGUCAGGAUAUUGAUACCGAUAAUACAGGACGCGCUCGUGCGGCAGCGCGUGGAUAA